AUAAAACGCCCAAAAAAAAAUAUAUUAAGAAAAGAUUUAUCAACAAUAAUUCCAAAGAAAGGAAAUGAAAAGUUGUCAAAAAUACCAAAAUUUGCAAUCAUUUGGUCCAAAGGAAAUCGUCGCGACAACAAGAAGAAAACUUUGGGCAAAACAAAUUUGUAAGGAAGAAAAAAGAAAAGGGCCGCCAGCUCAGAGAACCACUCCAAUGAGAUCCCAUUGAGUGCGCAGAAAGCAAAAGGACUUGACGAGAGAGACAGACAGAGCGAGAGAGAGAGAGAUAGAAGCAGAGAAGCGGAAAGAAUACCAUUAGUCAGAACGGUAUAGCAUGCGCCAAUGAGAGCGUCCCACCAGCUUAGAGCGUCCGAUUUCGUUGACUACGCUGCCGUCGUGGGAGUGGGAGUGAGAGGUGGUGUGGGACUGGGUCUAGGACUGGAAUUGGGCGAAGGAUCGUAUUACAGCAGCGAUCUAACGGCAUUUGUCGUGGAGCAGGAGCAGCGCCAGCAGCAAAGGGAAGCAGAGGCAGCGGCAGAAGCAGCAGCAGCAGAAGCGGCAGCAACAAUCAAGCGAAAACGUCAAACAGAUUGCGAUUGCGGCUGCGUGGAUUCGUACAACAUCAGCCACGGCCCGACAGCAGUGCAACUGCAGCAGCAGCAGGAAGGAGGAGGCAGCCAUCAGCAACAGCAGCAGCAGGUGCCACACCACAGCAACAGCCUCAAGACGGCGCACACAAAGGUUGCCACAUCGGGGGGCCAUGCCAAUACGCAGCCCCCCAGCAAAAGGUCGAGCAGUGGUGCCGAUGGCGACUAUCAAUUGGUGCAGCAUGAGGUGUUGUAUUCGCUGUCAGCGGAAUAUGAGGUCCUUGAGUUCUUGGGACGUGGCACCUUUGGUCAGGUCGUCAAAUGCUGGAAGCGGGGCACCUCUGAAAUCGUUGCCAUCAAGAUACUGAAGAAUCAUCCAUCGUAUGCACGUCAGGGUCAGAUUGAGGUCUCCAUUCUGUCGCGCUUGAGCCAGGAGAAUGCCGACGAGUUCAAUUUUGUGCGUGCCUUUGAGUGCUUUCAGCACAAGAAUCACACGUGUCUGGUGUUUGAGAUGCUCGAGCAGAAUCUCUACGAUUUCCUCAAGCAAAACAAGUUCUCGCCGCUGCCUUUGAAGUACAUCAGACCCAUUUUGGAGCAGGUACUGACGGCCCUGUUGAAGCUGAAGCAAUUGGGUUUGAUUCAUGCCGAUCUGAAGCCGGAGAACAUCAUGCUCGUCGAUCCCGUGCGUCAGCCAUAUCGCGUCAAGGUGAUAGACUUUGGCAGUGCCUCGCAUGUGAGCAAAACUGUGUGCAACACGUAUCUGCAGUCGCGCUACUAUCGUGCACCAGAGAUCAUACUGGGGCUGCCCUUCUGCGAGGCCAUUGACAUGUGGUCGCUGGGCUGUGUGGUGGCGGAGCUCUUCCUGGGCUGGCCCCUGUACCCCGGCAGUUCAGAGUUCGAUCAGAUCAGGUACAUCAGCCAGACGCAGGGUCUGCCCACGGAGCACAUGCUGAACAGCGCCUCGAAGACAUCAAAGUUCUUCUAUCGCGAUGUGGACUCGACGUAUCCGUUCUGGCGCCUCAAGACCACCGAGGAGCAUGAGGCCGAGACCAAUACGAAGAGCAAGGAGGCCAGGAAGUACAUUUUCAAUUGCCUGGAUGACAUUGGGCAGGUGAAUGUGCCCACGGAUCUGGAGGGUGGACAGCUGUUGGCCGAGAAAACCGAUCGAAGGGAAUUUAUAGAUUUACUCAAGCGUAUGCUGACCAUCGACCAGGAGCGACGUCUCACACCCGCUGAGGCAUUGAAUCAUUCAUUUACACGGCUCACACAUCUCGUGGAUUAUGUUUAUUGCAAUAAUGUGAAGGCAUCGGUGCAGAUGAUGGAAGUGUGUCGUCGUGGGGAUUUCCAUACCGUACAACCUGCUUCGACUUUGGUCACCAAUUUCGUGCCCAGCAGCACUGAGAAUAUGACAUUUACGAUCAACAAUCAGUUGACCAGUCAAGUGCAGCGUCUCGUACGCGAUGGCCGUCCCCUGGCCUACGAGGGUCUCUACCAGAUCUACAAUGGCAGGAGUGUGGCGCGGCAGUAUCCUCAAGCGCGCACUGACAGCUUCCAGCAUCAGUUGGUGUCGAAUAUUCUGUGUCCGCCGUCGUACCAGGCAAUGGCCAGUCCCACGAAGCAUGUUGUGGUGGGCAGUGCCACCAUGCAGCCGCCGUUGCAAGUGCCGCCGCAGCAGUAUGUGAAUGUGCCAGUGCCCGUGUCGAUGGUGGAGCCCUCAUCGGGUCAGCGGAUGCUGCUGACGAAUCGCGUGCAGGCGAGUGGUGUGGCCUGGCCGCAGACGGGCAGGCAGAUGGCAUUGGUGCCGUCCUGGCCGCAGCAGGCGCCGGCGCAUUCGCUGAUUGUGGACUCGACGCCGCUGUUCAAUGUGGAGGAGAUUUAUCCCAAGCAUCAUCUCAAUUUGCCACGCAAUGAUCUCAAAAAGGAAUCCCCGGCUCAUCAUUUAGCCAAGGGCAACUCUUAUCGCGUGCCGCGUCAUGAGAAGAAGGAACACCAGCAGCUGUCGCCAGUGAAGAAGCGCGUGAAGGAGAGCUCACCGCCGCAUCAGCAGCGCUAUCAGCGAACGGCUCACGUGUCGCCGCAGUACCACACGCAUCACAAUUGCAAUUAUGGCAGCAACUAUGGCAGUGGCGCAGGUGGAUCAGUUGUGGCCUCAUCCGGCGGAGGAGGAGGCUCUGCGAGCAAUAUUCCCAGCAGUUCGGGUGGAUCGCAUCAUCAUCAUGGCGCACCGGUGGCGCAUGUGCCGCAGCCGUAUAGCGCCUCAUCGGGCGGUCAUCAUAUUGUGAGCAAUUGUCAGUCGAAUGGUGGCUACCAGCAGCCGCCGUCGCAUGCGCCUCAUCCGCCGCAGCAGCAGCACCAACCGCAGCAGCAACAGCAUCCGCAGCAGCAGCAGCAGUCGCAUGUGAAGCAACAGCCGACGAUCACCAUUCAUGAUACGCCCUCACCGACGGCAGUGAUUACCAUUUCGGAUAGCGAGGAUGAGGGUGGAGAUAAUGGUGCAACGACAGCAGCGCCGGUGAAGCAGCGAGCGCAUGCGCAGUCCCAGACGAGCAGCAGUCUGAUGCAGCAGCAGCAGCAGCAAUCGAUCAAUUAUGGUGAACACGAUCCGGAUGAUGCACGUCGACGCCACCACGCAGCAGCAGCGGCAGCCAUUGCCGCAGGAAGCCCCAAGCAUCAUCAUCACCAGCAGCAUGCAUCGUCCAUGCAACCGCAACAGCAACAGCAGCAGCAACAGCCACACUACCAGCCGCAGCAGCAGCAGCAACAACCGCAACAGCAGCAGCAAGUGCAACAACAGCCGCAGCCCAGCAUCAAGUACGAGCCAGGACAAUCGCAGAAGAAGCGCAUCCUAGCGAUGGCUCAAAGCGAAUGCAACUACCAGCCGCAGCAGCAGCAACAGCAGCAGCAGCAUGUGCAGCAGCCUCAGCCAUCUGCCAGUCUGCCGCAUAUUCCUCCAAAGCAGGAACCGGCAGAAUUCUACCCGGAAUAUGCACCACAGCAGCAGCAGCAGUUGGACACGAAACGCUCCUCGUGGGCACCCACAUCCUCCUCGGCUGCACCGCCGCUGGCACAUCCCAAGCGAGAGGCGCCCUCGGCUGCGCCCAUUAGCUAUGUGGCACCCGCUGUGGCGCCACCGCUGGCACACUCGAAGAGCAGUUCUUCGUCGUCUUCGUCAUCGAUUAGUGCUGCAGCUGCCGCGGCGGCAGCCGCUGUGGGACCACUCUCCUGGGGUGCACCUCAGGUCUACCGCCAGCCAUCGCAGCCGCCGCCUGGCAGUGUGGCCUCCCAGCCGCCAGCUGCGCCGCAUCACCAUCACAGCAGCCAUAGCCAUCAUCAUCAUCAGGCUGGCACACCGCUGGGCGGCUCGCCUUCGUCCACGGCAGCGGCGGCCAUGCUGCAGACAGACAUCUAUGCACAGGGCGACAUUUAUCGCCGUCCCACCACGGUGUUUGUAUCCCAAGCGGCGCCCAGUUAUGCGUACGCCAACAGAGCAGUGGUGGCACCACCACCGGCACACAACAGCAGCAGUCGUCAGGUGAUACCAUCGCAUCCGUUGCCAGCGCACAUCCAGAUACCCACGCAGUACAGCCAAUUUGGACCACUCAGUCCUGCACAGGUAGCUGCCGCCGGCAAGCAUGCGGCGCACUUUGCGCCCACCAACAUAUGGUAUGGGGCUGAGUAGGGAGCCACGAAAGUGGGUGACACGAACGAACAGAGGGUUAGGCGAGACGAGACGAGAGGGAGAUGAGAUGAGAUGAGAAGUGACACCAGCAAACAACAAACAGCAAACUGCAUACACCACCAAUCAUGAUCUGAGAUCUUGAGAGCUCAAGACACUCAUUUGAAAUGAUUCAGCGUUCGAAUCGUUUAUGGCCUCGGUUGAGGAAGGAGAGGAUGAGCAACGCCAAGAGUUAGAGCAGCAGCAGCAGCAACAACAGCAGCUACAGCUGACACAAUGCUGGUGGUUUAUGCUGCUGAUGCAACAGACGAUUAUACAACACAACACCAAUAUGCUGCAGGCGGAUAGCGAGGAGUCCAUCACAUCAGGAGAGACAUCAGCGGCAGCAUCGGUUACAUCUUCAGUUGCAACAACCACAACAUCAUCAGAAGCAGGAGUAGCAGCAGCAGCAACUGCAACUGUUUCCGCCACAACAGCAUCAACAUCUUCAGCGGCCUUGAACAUAUUUUGCCGAAGAGCACGCCGCAAGCAUUGAGACAGAUAGAUCAUCGCCUCGUCGCCAGUUCUUUCGUUAUCUUUGAACAUAAAAGAGAUAUUUGUUUCGAUUUGGAGGAGGGUUACCCUUUACGAUUAUUCAGUUUUAUUAUGUUUUAUAAUAUUAAAUAAUUGUAAAUGUAAAAGCGAAGCAUUCUUACACGCUCGCAAGUGUAAGACAUGCAUUAGAGCCCAUAGAGCUUCUUCACUUCCUUCUUCUCUCACUAUAUAUAUAAAUACAACAACUGUAUUCUAUAUAUAUAUAUAAACAUGAUAUAUACAUGAUAUGUGCGUGUGUAGUUGUAUCUGUAUAUUCAGAUAAUUGUUUUUUCCCCACUCUUCUACAAAAAACGAAAGCGUUUCAUUCUCUAUGUGUGUUGUACAUCAAAAUAUUCUCUACAUAUAUGAUACACACUAUUAUAUACAUACAUAUGCAUAUGUAAUACUAUAAUUAUGAAUACUAAAAUAUCAACAACAAUUUAAUGGCACGCCAGCGACACACUAACAAACCACAAAAAGCUUAGAAAUUCCUUAGACUCUUAGAAAGUACCUCAAAAACCACGAAAUACGAAUACGAGCAAAAAAAAAAAGAAGUAAUGAGCAGCAAACAAAAUGCAACAAAAAGCAACAACAGCCACUAAUGCAACGGUAACACCAACAACAAACAACAAUAUAUUGUUAAUGCAAUUUGCCUUUACACAAACAAGCAACAAGAACGAAGCAAAAAUAGAAAUCGUAAACAAUUGUAGAGUAACAAAUUAAAAAAUACCGCAAAAACCUUACUAGCAAACAACAAAGCAAAGCAAGAAUAACUAAAUAGACCCUAGGAAUCGAAGAGUUCGAAGAUAAACCUAAUAAUAUAUAUGUAUAGGAAAUAGCUGAUAGAAAUAAACGGAUAGGAGUAGGAAUAGGAGGGUUGGCAAUGAAUGCAACAGUUUUUUUAUACACACACUCGUAAACACACUCAUAGAAAUAACCGCAACAAAUAUGCAAAACAAAAUACAAAAUACAAAAUACGAUUACGAAAAAACGAUUCUAAAUUAAGUUAAAGCCCACAAAUAAUUAUAGGAAAAAUUGUACAUACUUAUAUAUAUAUAUAUAUAUAUAUCGAUAUAUAAAUACGAAAGGAGGAAAGUAUCUUGUAACUAGAAACUGGAUUGGAGAGUUUUUUGUACAUUUUAAGAACUGAGCACAUCAGACGCAUUAGAACGCGCUUUUAGCCAGUCUUUGUUUGGAUUGUAUGUAGAGAACCCUUAAUAGUUUUUAAAAGUCCUUCUAUAUAAUUUUUAAUCAUUUUUGUAUGCUCUGUGCAGAGAAGCGGAAAUAUUGUUGGGAAACCAGAGACAAGAAACAGCUGCAAUCCCCUUAAAGUAAAGUCGCGCUUCAGGUGGAAGCGUCCCUCGGUUGGUUUGACUUUAGGAUUUCUGAGUUAUCCAGCUGAAAGGGUAUCCAUUGCUUCGGCAACUGAAGAAGACUUUCUUUCCUCUUUUAACUAUGUUUUCUUAGCACUUACCCUUCAUCCCCACCCACACGCCACAAGAAAAUACCUAAAAUUAAAUGAUGUAGUGGAAAAACUGAUGGGAUAAAAUUUUACUAAAGUACAAAAACUAAAAAAAAAAACAACAAGCAAUCUAGCAAUAAUCAAUUAACAUUUUUAAGCUUUAUAAUUUGUUCUUUUAAAACUUAAAUUUUUGGUUAACUUAAAAUCUGAAACCUUAAAUUAAAGCUGGGUUUCAGUAUCGCAAAAAAAGGCAGAGGAUCAACCGUAUGAUUGGGGCAACUUUGUGUAAAUAUAGCACGCAAUUUUGAUAUGUACAAAACCUGGCUUACUUUACACACUUACACCCACUAAAUCCUAUAUACUAUAUAGACAUAUAAACAACUAUUGUACACUUAAAAAAUCUUGUUAAAUAGGUUUCCUAAAGUAUUUUGUAGCUAGACCUAAACUUAAACCUAAACAUGUCGUUGUGCAUGCAAACUCCUUUUUUUUCUAUCCCUUAGAGAGGGUGGGCACUUCCUAUAUAACCAUACAGAAGAUACAGUUACAAAAGAUACAGUUAACCGCAUCCCCCUAAGCCCCCCCCUUUGAAAACCAACCACCCUUCUACCCAUCAAUCAGCACCAUUUUCGGGAUUAGAGAGGGUUAGAAAAAAGGAGAGUGGUAAAACUCCAUUUGAUAGGAUCUAGCAUAUAAUUAUUGUGAUGUAGUUUUUAACAAAAAGCAAAGAAAUUGAUAAAGAAAAAGAUAACGAUAUAGUAGAAGAGAUAUAGAAGCGAGAAAAGGAGCGUUUUGCCAGUCGUCGUCAUUGUCUAGAAUUAAACAACAAAUUAUGAAUACAACCAACGUAAUGGAUAAAUGGAUAAAUGGAUAAACGGAUAUCUACAGCUAUAUGCAUCAAUAUAUAUGUUAACUAAUUAGUGUGCAGUGCAGGAUUCAAUAGCGUUAACAAAAGAACAACAAAACAAAUAAACCAAUCGUUUUUUAAACCAACUUUUUAA